UAUUUGUUCUGCGCAGGGGCUCAUGGGUCCCAGUAUAUAGCAUGGGAUAAUAAUCAGCAAUAUAUGUAUAGUAUUUCGAUGUUUGAUGAUUUAAAUAUUCAAUGGAAAUUGAGGCCAGCACUUCAAAGGAGCAAGAUGCAACUGAGACAGAUGUUAAUUUAUCUCAAAUUGAACAAAAAAUUAUUGCCUUAGCUCAAGCAAGACCAAAAGGAAUAUCUGACAAAGAUUUAACAGUUGAAAUGCCAGAUUUACAGCCAGCUCAAAGAGCCCAAAUUAUAAACAAACUUUUAUCUCAGGGACAUUUUGAUCUAUUUAAACAAGGCGGUUCUUUGUUGUAUCGUUUGAAAGAUCCUUCUAAAGCAAAAGUAGCUAAAGGUGCAGAUAAUGAAGAAAAGAUUGUAUAUACAAUAAUUGAAGAAGCAGGAAAUAAAGGAAUUUGGAUUCGCGAUAUAAGAUUUAAAUCAAAUCUAAUGCCAACUCAACUAAACAAAAUUUUAAAGAGCUUGGAAACCAAAAAAUUUAUCAAAGCUGUUAAAUCAGUGGCAGCAAGCAAAAAAAAAGUGUAUAUGUUGUAUAACUUAGAACCAGAUACCUCUGUCACGGGCGGUGCUUGGUACCAAGACCAAGACUUUGAAGCAGAAUUUGUUGAUGUUCUCAAUCAACAAUGUUAUAGAUUUUUAGAGAAAAAACGAGAACAAAUAAAUUCUAGUAAAGGUGGACCAAUUAUAGCUAGGAAUGUUACAUUUGCUUCAUCCAAAGAAGUUUGGAAGUUUAUUUCUGAUCUUGGAAUAAGCAAGGUAAAAUUAUCAGUAGAUGAUCUGGAAAUGAUAUUGAACACAUUGGUUUAUGAUGGAAAAGUAGAACGCACUCUUUCAGGGGAUGGAAGUAAUUUAUACAGAGCAGUAGAACCUUUAUUAAAUCCACCUGGAUUAAUUAAAUCUACUUGUGGUGUUUGUCCUGUGAGAAAAAAUUGUUGUGACGUCGGUGAUGUAACACCUACAAAAUGCCAGUACAUUACAGAAUGGUUGGAAUAAUAUUUUCUAACAUGAAUAUAUCAAUUAGACAUAAUUAGUUGCUUAUUCAUUACUUUAAUACAUUUUUAUUUGUCAAUAUUUUUAUAUAAUUUAUUUGUACAUAUCUAUAUUAUAAGAGCAAACUGUAUUCAUUACAUCGAGACAUAUUCUUAAAUUUUCAAAUUCCUAUAUUCCAAUACUCCUGUAUAAUUAUAUCCCUACACCCUCAGUUGUUUUUAUAUUGUAUCUUAUAAAUAAAACAUUUAUGAAAUAUAGUUUUUUUAAUUAGUGUACAGCUGUUAAAAUAAUUAUAUAAAGGUUGAAAUAUAGUUAGGUGAAUGUGUAAAUUAUUCCCGCCAAAUCUACCGAGUCUAUAAUUUCAAUCGAAUAGAAAGUACCAACUAUAAAGAAAAUAUGUCACAUUCGUUUUUAUGUUUUUUCGUAAAGACAAUGAUUUAUUAAAAAUGAUGUAAUAAAA